AAAAAAGAAAAAGAAAAAAAGAAUCGAAAAAAGGUGAAAAAAGAAUUGUAAUUUUGAGAUCCGUCAGAAUCAGGUAAAAAUAAAACAAAUUGGAUAUGGGACAACAGGUUAAAAAGGCUAAUUAAAGGACGAAAAAAAAAACUUAAUACUUCUUUCUUAACAACCAAGUCUACUUGUUCUUUUCAGUACACUCGUUUAACACUCCAUUCACUCGUUCAGGAUGCAAUCAUUUUUAUUCAAGGCCACUGCUUUAGUUACUUUAGCCAGUUUAUUUCAAUCUACUUUAGCCACUCCUCCAGCCUGUUUAUUGGCUUGUGUUGCUCAAGUUGAAAAAAAAUCCGACUGUUCUGGAUUGAAUGAUUUAUCAUGUAUUUGUUCUAAUGAAUCAAGCAACAUUGAAUCAUGUUUAGACAGUGCUUGUCCAGAUGGUGAUGCUGAUGCUGCCAAAGAAGCUUUCAAAGAUAGUUGUGGUGAUGAUUACUCCAAUAAGAAAGCUUCUUCUUCUAAAGCUUCUUCUUCCACCGCUUCUUCUUCUAAAGCUUCUUCCAGUGCUUCUUCCAGUGCUUCUUCUGCUGAAGAUUCCUCUACUGAAGCUGCUUCUUCUACCGAAGCUUCCUCUACCGAAGCUUCCUCUACCGAAGCUUCCUCUACCGAAGCUUCUGCUACUUCAUCUGCUUCUGCUCCAGCUUCCACCACCCUUGCUGCUGAAUCUUCUGAAUAUGCUUCUUCCUCGGAAGCUGUUACCUCUGAACCAGCUUCCUCUGCUGCUACCUCUGAAGUUUCCUCUUCUUCCGCCACUUCCUCCGCCCCAGAAAUUGGUACUCAAUCUGCCGAUGGUGCUAACAUUGCCAAAGGUGUUUCCGUUGGUGCUGCUUUACUUGGUUUAGCUGGUGCUUUAUUAUAAGUCUAAACCUCUUGUCUUUUAAUUCUUAUACCCAUAAAUUCCUCUUUUGGUCAUUCGUUCGAUUAUUUUCUAUAAAAAAAAACACAAAAAAUUUUCUUUUUCAUUCAAAUAUUAAAUGUUAGGUGUUCUUUUUCUACCUCUUUCUUCC